CUUGAUUAACGUAGAUUACUUCGUAAAUUUUCUUCAAAAGACAUUCCCUGGAACUUACAUUGUACCUCUAGAGAUUGGGAAGGACAUGAUGCAGGAUAUGGAGAACAAGGUCUUGAAUGCCAGUUCUGAAGUGUGUCAGAUUCUUGCUGAGGAUCCUAAACUGCAUGAAGGUUACAUCGCUGUUACAUUCACCAGGAGACUCCAGAUCAUGAAGGAGUUGGCUGAAAAAUGCCAAAUACCUACCAUGAAAGAUAUAAUCUCAAUUCCUGCAAGAAAACUUAAAGGGGUGAUGAAACGAAUUUACAGCUUUUUCAACUGACAGUGAUUGGUCCCAAGACAAGCCCAUGGCAUGUGUAGAGCAUGGUGAACAUGGCUGUGCUCUGCAUCCCAUUCUGACUCCUGAGACAACCCAACUGCAAAAGGCCCACCCUGUCUGCAAAGAAGAACUAGUCACUUGCUUAAACACACAGCCUACCUUUCUCUCCUCCUCCUCCUAGCUUGGUAAAAGGUUCCUAGUCUGUAAGAGAAGCAUGCUUGCUUAGUGUGUGCUCUUCUCAGGUUCUCUGAA